GGAAGUCAGAACUCAAGGAAGUCACAACUUGUCCAUAAGUUGUCACAGAGCUGUGACAUAGACGGACCAACACGUAGAUACAUCUACAUUUACAGCUGAUCGAUCAUCUUUUUAUGAUGUAGCCAAAGGACACAGUACCAUCUCACCUGUUCUGCUGUUGGAAGAUGGCCACUGCAGCAGAAGACCCCCAUCUGGGCUCGGGCCCCGACGACGACGACACAUCUCUGUCAGGGAGCGAGUCUGAUUCCGACAGCAUCCUUUCUGAUGACUCGGUGCUUCCAGACUACACGCCGGAUGUAACCAACGGGUGUGCAGCGUCAACGCUGUAUCAAGCAUGUGCCCGCAAUGACCCUGUCUCUCUCCGGAAAGUUUUGGAGAGAGGGGUCACAAAAGAAGAGGUCAUGGAGGUGGACAUCAAUGGCUGGAAUGGCUUGAUGGUGGCUUGCUGCAAAGGUUUUGUGGACAUUGUAUAUGGGCUUCACGGCUGUCCCUUUAUGGACAUAAACCACCAGGACAAUGAAGGCAACACUGCACUGAUGAUCGCAUCCCAAGCAGGUCAUAUCAACACAGUCAUGUAUCUCCUAAACUACUAUCCUGGUAUAGACAUGGAAAUAAAAGACUGCCGUGGUUUCACAGCCCUCAUCAAAGCUGCCAUGACGGGCCGCACUGACAUCGUGGCUGCCCUCGUUAUGGCAGGGGCUGACAUUCAUGCAAUAGACUCCACAAAGGGAAAAUGUGCUCGGGACUGGGCACUGAAAACAGGUCGUUAUGAGACCGUGCAUCGUCUUCGCCGCCUGAACAUGCAGCCAAAAGCUGAGCAGUUCUGUGAGAGUUAUGUCCCUGAGUGGCCUGAGCUCAAGGAGAGGGUAGCCAAGGCCACAGCUCAGAAAAGCGCCAGGGAAAAAAUUACCCAGCAGAUAAAAAACACCUUUGGAUUCAGAUUUCCUCGUGAUCCACAGGACAACGGGGUCUUGGACCACAUGGUGCGCAUAACCACCAGUGUCCACAGUCCCCUAAUUUCAACUGGAUGCCGUCCGCUCUGUCCUACCAGCCCUCCAGAGGUGGGGAAGAGGCGGCUGGCUGUACCAGAGCUGGUGAAGAAACACCCAGAGAAGGAGCUAGAAGAGAGGUCAGUAUGCCACAGCAACGGCUCGGUAUCACACAUUAUUCCCACGAUCCAAUCUGCAGAGUCCAUCAGUACAACGUGCUGUGCCGACACUGAGAGGCGAGGCAGCAUCCUCUCCAUGGCCUCCACCAAAGUUGCUACUACAUUCAUUCCUCGCAGUAUGGCGAGAAGGAACAGCGUGUUCCCCUCCGGCUGCAUCCCCAAGAUCGACAUCAGCCGGCCAAAAGAGUCAACGCCAAAGAAAGAGAAGAAGAGGAAGAAGAACAAGGGCUUCCUGGAACCUCCCAAGUGGAAGUACAAGGAGAUCAAGGAGGAGAAAAAGAAGGAGAAGAAGAAGGCUGAGAAAGACAAGGCAGAGAAGAAAUCAGAAAAGAAAGAGAAAAAAAAGGAAAAAGACAGCAAGAAGGCCAAAAAAUAGGAGUUUCAAAAAGGGGGGGCUCUUCUGCUGUACGAAUUAUCGUUUUUGAGAAUAUGGUUUUGAAAAACGUGUUCAACUCAGGGCUUGAAACUGAAACCAAAAAUCUUGGAAACAUUAAGCCAAUACUGAACCUACAACCUAAAGGGGAAAUAGGUACGAGAGGAGAUAUUGUUUCCUUCCUAUCAGUGACUGACCGAGGGCCUCAAACGAGAACUGCAGAGACUCUUAAGGAGGAGUCUGAAGGUCCUAGUCUGUCUAUAAGUUGGGACAAAUAUUACAUAUGUUUUGAGUUAGGAUAGAAAAUAAAGUUUAUUUUUACAAGAAUACGUUCAAAAUUUAUAGAAUCACAAAAAGACAAUGAUUACAAUACAAUGCAUGAAACCCAUGUUUACUGAUUGAGUCUCACAGGUGCUGAAGCAUUUACAGUAUCUACCUCACUGUUAAAACACAGAAAGGCAGACCCUUACUGUAUGUAUACCUGCAUAUCCAUUCCUUAUAUGCAAGAUCUAAAUAUAGAAAUAAAUAGCGAUGUCAUAGCUCAUGGUAUUAUUAUAUAAUUUUUUUUUUUUUUGUUGAAUUUGCUGUAAGUUAUCUUUUGUAAAUAGUCAGCCAAAAUCAAUUGUGAAUUCUGUACAGCAUGUAUCUAGCGUGCAUUAACAUGGAGGAUCUGUUUAAUCCUCUAGUUUAAUUCUAUCAAGUUUAAUUGCCAUUUUCUGACAUUGCCAAUAACAUAUUCACAUAAUAUGUAAAGCAUCUAGAAAUACAAUGACUUGGAUGACUAAGAAUCUUCACAGACAUAUCCUGCUUUUAUGAACUCUGUGUGUGUGGAUUCAGU